CUGUGCUAUUGGAUAGGGAGAGAGAGAGAAGAAAACAAAGAUACAGUUCUCUCUAACCUCCAUAAAUAUUUGCAGUUUGCUGCAACUUUGACCCAAUCUCCAUCCCAGAGUCUGCAGCAGAGAGUAUGCCCAACCACGACCCUCUCCCUCCUCUACCACCGCCGCCGCCACAACCACCGCAAGUUCUGAUGGAUGAGCUAUCUUGUCAUCACCAUCACCAUAAUCAUCAUUCCUCCAUGGACAUCGAGCUCCAUAACGAACUUGGGUUCAAUGUGGAUAAUCCAUACAACACCACCAGUGGCCAUAACGACAAUGGGUACACCUUGCCUGGCUCAGGAAACGGAUCAUUGUUCAGUAGCGGCGGCGAUGAGAGAGAGGGGAGUGGUGGGGGCAUUUACCCAGAUGAUGGCACUAUUACCGAGUCUUUUUUUGAGGAUGGAGUUAUGGAGUUCUCCAGAGAAAUGGGUUCUAUUGGAAGAGGAAGAAAUCGCAAAGAAUCCAAAAACCUUGCCAUUGAUCGCGUUCGGAGACAGCAGUUGAAUGACAAGUUCUUCACCUUGAGGAAUUUGAUUCCCAACCGAACUCAGAAUGAUAAAGCAUCAAUUGUGGGAGAUGCAAUUGGUUACAUAAACGAGCUUCUGAGGACAGUGGAUGAGCUGAAAUUGCUGGUGGAGAAGAAAAGGUGUGGGAGAGAGAGGAUCAACAGGCACAAAACUGAACAAGAUCGUGGUGCCGCCGGAGACGAUGAGAGUUGCAACAUUAAGCCUGUUGGUGAGCCUCAUGACCAGUCCUACAACAAUGGCUCUCUGAGGAGCUCAUGGCUUCAAAGGAAAUCCAAAUACACCGAGGUUGAUAUCCGCAUUAUCGAAGAUGAAGUUACCAUCAAACUGGUGCAGAGGAAGAAGAUCAACCUGUUGCUGUUUGUGUCCAGGCUUCUUGACGAGCUGCAGCUUGAUCUUCAUCAUGUUGCUGGUGGCCAAAUUGGCAAUUCCUACAGCUUCUUGUUCAAUACCAAGAUGUACGAAGGGUCUUGCUUGUAUGCAAGUGCUAUUGCUGGCAAGUUCAUUGAGGUUCUGGACGGACAAUAUUCAGCAGUUCCACCUACCGGCAGUUAUUAGGAAGGCAUUAGAUGGUCCUUGGAUUAUUGUUUUAAGUCUUUUAAAUAGUAUCUUUUCCUGAAAUGUUGGAGAGUUGGAUUGAAUAGUUCACUUGAACAUAUUCUUUAUGGUGUUUUCUAAAUUUUCUUGAGUUAGAAUAAGAAGUUGAUUU